UAUAUAAAAAAAAUAUGGGGAGGUCCAAUCAAUUAUACAUGAAGUCCAAGGAAGAGCAUGCAAUAAUAACCAUAGCAAGCAACAUUAUUACAUACCCGACUAAUAUUAGUCCAAGUUAUAAUUGCUCUAAACAUGCGUAAAGUUUUAGUAUUAAUUAGUUCUCUAUCUACCAUUAAAGUAACAAAAUUCAUAUUACAAGAGUUCUUUUUUUCUUUUUUCUUUUUUUCUUUUUUUUGGUUGCAUGCAUCUUUAUAACCAAAGUUUUCUAGGAUAUCGAUUAUCAUUGUCUUUUUGAACAAUUUCUUGUACUUUUUACAUACUACACUAUUUCUCAAGUCUCAAAAUACUAAGCAAUAAUCUUCUUCUCAUUAUACCAUAAAUGAAGAAGCUUCAACAAACUAGAAUUAGAAUUUGGUUUCUUAUCCAUUGCAUUCUUUCAAUCCUCUAUUUAUCAGCUAGCGCAUCACCAACCACCUCUCCUUUAUGUAACAAUGGACUAAAAGUUGAGCACCCAUACAUGACUUCGGACGUAACAGAAGUCGAAGGGAAAUCAUUCAAUUACAUAAUAAUCGGAGGAGGAGCAUGCGGCUGCCCGUUAGCAGCAACACUCUCGGAGAAAUUCUCCGUGCUCGUAAUCGAACGAGGGGACUCACCUUACGGCCACCCAACAAUUUUGGAACGAAAUAAGUUUGGCUAUCCACUCGUGGAAACGAACAAAUACACUUCAGUAGCACAAGAAUUCGUUUCCUUAGACGGAGUUUUGAAUUACAGGGGAAGAGUCCUAGGAGGAUCGACCGCUAUAAAUAGCGGAUUUUAUAGUAGGGCAAGUGAUGCAUUUAAUAAGAAAAUGGGAUGGGAUGAAAAGAUGGUAAAACAAGCUUAUGAAUGGGUGGAAUCGAAGGUGGUUUCCGCGCCAGAAACAUUAAGUCCUUGGCAAUCUGUUGUGUUAGAUGGACUCUUAGAGGCAGGGGUUUUGCCCUUUAAUGGGUACACUCUAGAGCAUGUUCAAGGGACUAAAUUGAGUGGUACUAUAUUUGACGUGCUCGGAAAACGCCACACGGCUGCUGAUCUUCUUGGUGGAGGGAAUCCGAAGAAUAUUGUGGUUUUGUUGAAUGCAACUGUGAGUAAGGUCUUCUUCCACCAUGAUGAAGACAAAGCAGGGGAUAAACCAAGUGCUAAAGGAGUAAAGUUCAUCAAAAGUGACGACGACACAAAAAAAUCCCACAAAGUUUACCUCAAGAAGCAAGAGAAUUCAAGUCUACCAAGGGGUGAAGUUAUACUCACAGCAGGAGCACUUAGCAGCCCACAAAUCCUCAUGCUAAGCGGUAUCGGACCCUCGAAACACCUCCAAACGUUCAACAUAUCAGUGUUAGCAGACUUGAAAAGUGUAGGAAACAGAAUGCAGGACAAUCCUGCAAUAUCUCUACUAGUCGAUUCGAAGCCUAAAUCUCGAACACCCGAUACACCACAAGUAACAGGCAUUACAGAAAACUUUAAGGUCAUACUUGAAUCAAUCAUAGUACCAGUAAGUAAGGACUUAACACGGGUGUCAAUAGCCGGUAAGCUUGCCUUCCCUGCUUCGACGGGCACACUUGAGCUGAAAAACAAGGAUCCUAGGGAAAAUCCGCUAGUUAAGUUCAAUUAUCUAUCAAAAGAUGAAGAUAUGGAGUAUUGUGUUAAGAUACAUCAGUUGGUAGAGGGAGUAUCAAUGUCCGAGGCAGUGAGUGUAUACCUCGGGCGCGAACGUAGCCGGUUGGAGAAGCUAGGGAAAGAGGAGAGUAAAGAGUAUUGUAAGAAAAAUGUGAGCACGUUUUAUCAUUAUCAUGGUGGGUGUACUAUAGGAGAAGUGGUAGAUAAGGAUUACAAUGUGUAUGGAAUUAAGGGUUUAAGGGUUAUGGAUGGAUCGACUUUGGUGGAAUCUCCGGGGACUAAUCCUAUGGGUACAUUGAUGAUGUUAGGAAGGUAUCAAGGUUUGAAGAUUGUACAGGGUAGAUCAAGUUCAUGAUCUUCAAUUCAAAGAUGAUUUAUGUUAUAACUAUUGUGAUUAUUGUUCAAACUAGUGAUUGAUUUUGUGUGAUGUUCUUUGAGGAAUUUUGGUGUUAACGUGUGAUACACGAAUUGUAUAAUAUAUUCUAAAGAAUAGAAUUGUAUAAUAUAUUCUAAAGAAUAAUAUAUACGUAAUAUAUUGCCUUUCUUUUA